ACAAAGAAUUGAUUGCUAAUUCAAUUCACCAUUCUAUCACCUCAAAGCUUUAACCCAAUCAAAUUUGGCUCAUUCCAACCAAUCAAUUUAACAUUUGUUUUUAAUUCCUUCUAACUUUUACAAUCAAUCUCACUUCCACUCUCACUCUCACUCUCACUCUCACUCUCACUCUUGCUGUUUUUUGAUUUCAUAUUUGUUUUUUCUUUAACUUUUCUUCUAGUUUUACCUGUUGCAUCAAUUUAAAUAUAGUAAUAAUCUACAUCUGUUUUAAUAAUGGCUUCUGUUGAUAUUCCUGGUUAUGUUUUAACUAAACUAAUACUAUUCACUGCCGCUAUGAUAAUCAUUCCAAUAUUAUCUUUCUUUUGGUUGAAAGCUUACACCGACAGUGAUUUAGUAUCUGGUGGUGUUGCUGCUAUAAUGGCAAACGUCGUCUUGAUUUUCUACAUAAUUGUGGCCUUCACUGAAGACAUACCUACUGGUGAUGAAUCAAUAAAAGACGACUAACCACAAAUUAACAUCUCCUCCUCCCUCUACAAUUUACUCUGUCUCCUAUUGAGCAAACUCCACUCAAAUUAAUAGAAUCUUCAUUCAUUUCACCAACUGGCUGCUUCGCAUCGUACUCAAUACUUGGGUCACUGGCUGUUUGUGCCUGGAUAUCUUCUCUUUUACUUCGCUCACUACUGUAGCCACUACUUUAGUCACUCUCUUAUUCAUACUUUUACUUUAUUUUACUUCUCUUCUCUUCUCUUUCAUUAACUAUUCUUAUAAAUAUCCUCAAUUAUCUCUCUUACGUCUACCAAUUCUGCUAAUUUUGUUUUGAGUGUAUGGUUUAAAUUGCUCUAAUCAUUAACUUUCCAAUCUAAUUCAAACUUGACUCCGGAAAAGGGUUCUUUCUUUGCAAUUACAUAACUUCCUGCUCAAAUUC